CCUAGUGGCGGUGGGCGUGCUGAGCACCAUGCUGAGUUGCGGGCUGAGCCUCGGCUACACGGCCGCCUACAUGGACGGCCAGAAGACUACCGACGAUGUCCUGCCUGACGAGCUUAAGACCAUUGGUAGAAACCUGCGGCGAAUUCGCUUUCAUCCCGGCAAUCAUCUUCAUACCAGUGACAAUGCAGAGAAAAGGUCGUCGCAUAGCCAGCUACGCGACCACAGCCCCGCUGCUCCUCAGCUGGAUCAUCAGCUAUUACUCCAACAACCAGGCUGUCCUACUCGUCAACAGCCUUCAGAACUUUGCCUUAGGAGGAGCCGUAUCCACCAGCAGUGUCACAAUCUCUGAAUAUUGCUCUCCCCAUUCUAGAGGCGCUAUACUCAUGCUAGAAACUGCAAUGAUAUCUUUAGGCGUUUUAAUCAGCCAUGUUUUCGGCAUGUAUUCUCACUGGAGACUUAUAUCGUUUUUGGGAUUUGUGUCGUCUUUUACUGCUUUAUUUGUAUCGUUGUUUUGGCUAGAAAGUCCUUACUGGUUAGUGAGUGAAGGCCAAAUAAUGAGGGGUACAGAAACCUUUUAUUGGCUCAGAGGUUUUAGUGACGAAGCUAGCAAAGAGCUGGAUGCAGUACAGAUGCUGCAUAAAGUCAAGUCCCAAAUGCAAGCCUUGAAACCAGUAAAGAGGAUGCAUUUUAGACAACAGAUUAAAGAUUUCAUCAAAUCUCUGUUGAAUGCAGAUUUUUUAAGGCCUCUUUCUAUAAUGAUUUUGCUAUUUAGCUUCGUGGGUUUUGGUGGUGAGAAUGUUACAGCUAGUUCGUCUUACCACGAUGUAUUUAAGUUAACUUAUGGAAAAUACAUCGGCACAAUUAUCCUGGAUGUUUUAUCAUUAGUUUGUUCUUUAAUAGCUUGCGUUCUUAUACACAUAGUACGAAGAAAAACGUUGUUUAUUUUUACAGGAUCCUGUUCGUUAGUGUUCUUAGCAGUGACUAGUUUGGUUUUGUUUUUGCAAACAUUUGAUAUGUUUUCUCAGGAGUAUGUUUGGUUGAUACUGACAUUUUCCACUGGGUUUGCGAUGUUCAUGUCACUGGGCACAACAGCUUUGCCUCUGUCUUUGCUUGGAGAGAUGUUCCCUAUGUCCUACAAGGGUGUUGGAUGCUCCUUGACUUGUGCUUAUUUGUGGGCUUUCGGAAAAAGUAUUUUGAAAAACAUUCCCUUCCUUACUAGGUCUCUCGGGCUGCCGACUUUCACACUAAUAGCCUUAAUUUUCAUGAUAGUAAUUUUAAUAGUAUUAAAUAAAAUCAUGCCAGAGACUUAUAUGAAGAGUAUUGUGGAAAUUGAACAUAUUGUGAAUAAGAAACAUGAGAGAAAAGAAUACAAGUCAGUGAAUGUUACAGACGAGAACGAAACAGAUGCGUUUGAUAAAAUAAAGUUGUUUUUACAAGUAUGACAAAUUAUAUAAUUUUAUUUAUUAUUACUCUA